UGGCUGGGGUGCCGCCCGGGCGAGGGCCGGGGAGCUGGGCCGUGCCGCCUGUGCCCCGUCCCUGCUCUCCUGCCGCGUUCGGCUGACUGGACGCGCUGGAGAAGUUGAGCCGCACCCGGGCCGGCAGUGCAGGUGACCGUCGGCAAAGUUUGGCUCGAAGAGGAAGUGGCCUCAAGCCCCGGCAGGUGGCGGCCAGGCCUGGACCCGGGCGCUCGCGGCCUGUGGGCGGCCUCUAGGGGAGGGUGCGCCUCGGAGCGAGGCCUCCAGCCGAGCUCCGGUGCUUUGAGGGCGCGGCGGCUGCCCGGAAGACAACUCCGAAGUUGGCGAGAGGCACCGCCCCUGCUCUCGGCCGCCGCCGCCUCCCCGCCCCCAGCCCUGGCAUCCUGCGCACCGGUCGAGUUGCCCUGGCCAUGGAGCCCCCUCGGGGAGGCGGCACGGAGGGGCCUGGACUCACGAAGCGGCACCGCUUCCCCACUGGGUAGACGGCAGAAGCUCCGGAACUCCUUCGGCUCCUGCGGACGACUCGGAAUGCCGCCAGUCAUCCUCUUCCUCCUCCUGGGAGGCGCGCUGGCCCAUCCAGAUCGGAUGAUUUUCCCAAAUCCUGCCUGUGAGGACCCUCCAGCAGUGCUUUCGGAACUGCAGGGCACCUUACAGCGGCCGCUUGGCCGGGACAGCCGCAGCUCCCCUGCCAACUGCACCUGGCUCAUCCCUGCCAGCAAGAAUUUGACUGUAACAGUUAGGUUCCAAAAACUGCACCUGGCCUGUGGCUCAGAGCGCUUAAUCCUGCGCUCCCCUCUCCAGCCACAGAUCUCUCUUUGUGAGGCACCUGCCAGCCCUUUGCAGCUACCUGGGGGCAAUGUCAUCAUCACCUACAGCUAUGCUGGGGCCAGAGCACCCAUGGGCCAGGGCUUUCUACUCUCCUACAGCCAAGAUCGGCUGUUAUGCCUGCAGGAAGAGUUCCAGUGCCUGAACCACCGUUGUGUGCCCUUAGCCCAGCACUGCGACGGGGUCGAUACCUGUGGAGAUGGCUCGGAUGAGGCAGGUUGCGGUUCAGAUCCCUUCCCUGACCUGACCCUAGCCUCUGUCCCCACCCCACCCUGCAAUCACACCUUGGAAGAUUUCUAUGGGGUCUUCUCCUCCCCUGGCUACUCACACCUGGCCUCAGUUUCCCACCCCCAGUCCUGCCUCUGGCGGCUGGACCCCCACGAUGGCCGGCGCCUGGCAGUGCGCUUCACAGCCCUGGAUCUGGGCUUUGAAGAUGCAGUGCAUGUGUAUGAUGGCUCUGGGCCCCCUGAGACCUCCCGGCGGCUGCGCAGGCUCACCCACUUCAACAAUGGCAAGGCUGUCACCGUGGAGACACUGUCUGGCCAGGCCAUCGUGACCUACCACACAGUUCCUUGGAGCAGUGGUCGGGGCUUCAAUGCCACCUACCAUGUGCAGGGCUACUGCUUGCCUUGGGACCAGCCUUGUGGCUUAGGCUCUGGCCUGGGAGCCAGUGAGGGACUGGGUGAGCGCUGCUACAGUGAGGCACAGCGCUGUGAUGGCUCAUGGGACUGUGCCGAUGGCACAGAUGAGGACAACUGCCCCAGCUGCCCACCUGGACACUAUCCCUGUGGGGCUUCUGGCACCCCUGGUGCCACAGCCUGCUACCUGCCUGCUGACCGCUGUAACUACCAGACCUUCUGUGCUGAUGGAGCCGAUGAAAGACGUUGCCGGCACUGCCAGCCUGGCAACUUCCGAUGCCGGGAUGAGAAGUGCGUUUAUGAGACAUGGGUGUGCGACGGGCAGCCAGACUGUGCUGACGGCAGUGAUGAGUGGGACUGCUCCUAUGCCCUGCCCCGCAAGGUCAUUACAGCUGCAGUCAUUGGCAGCCUUGUGUGCGGCUUACUACUGGUCAUUGCUCUGGGCUGCACCUGCAAGCUCUAUGCCAUUCGCACCCAGGAGUACAGCAUCUUUGCCCCCCUCACUCGAAUGGAGGCUGAGAUUGUGCAGCAGCAGGCACCUCCCUCCUAUGGGCAACUCAUUGCUCAAGGUGCCAUCCCACCUGUGGAAGACUUCCCUACGGAGAAUCCUAAUGAUAACUCAGUGCUGGGCAACCUGCGUUCUCUGCUACAGAUCUUGCGCCAGGAUAUGACUCCAGGGGGUGCCUCAGGUGCCCGCCGCCGCCAACGGGGCCGUUUUGUGCGCCGCCUGGUGCGCCGUCUCCGUCGCUGGGGCCUGCUUCCUCGAACCAACCCCCCAGCGCGGGCCCCUGAGACCAGAUCCCAGGUCACACCUUCUGACGCUCCCCUUGAAGCCCUAGAUGACAGCACAGGUCCAGCCCAUGAGGUUGGAGCAGUAGGCAUGGACACGGACACAGAAACCACAGCACUCUGCCCCUCCGGCAGCCACCAGGCCUCCCCUCCGGGGACACCCACACCAGAAGCAAAUGCCACACUGCUGAAGAAGUCAGAGAAACUGUUGGCAGGGUUGGACCGGAGUGGGCCACCUUCUGUCCCAGGGGUCCCCAGACGAAGAGGCAGUAUGCCUGUCCCCUACAAGCACCAGCUGCGGCGGGCCCAGGCUAUAGAUGAACUUGACUGGCCACCUCAAGCUUCAUCCUCUGGCUCUUCUGACUCCUUGGGUUCAGGGGAGGCAGCCCCUACCCAAACGGAUGGCAUCUUCAAGGUCAUGCUGGUGGGGGAGAGUGGCGUGGGCAAGAGCACCCUAGCAGGCACUUUCGGCGGUCUCCAGGGAGAUAGUGCUCAUGAGCCAGAGAACCCAGAGGAUACCUAUGAGAGACGCAUCAUGGUGGAUAAGGAGGAAGUAACUUUAGUUGUUUAUGACAUCUGGGAACAGGGGGAUGCAGGGGGGUGGCUGCAGGACCACUGCCUUCAGACCGGGGAUGCCUUUCUCAUCGUCUUCUCAGUCACUGAUCGAGGAAGUUUCUCCAAAGUUCCAGAGACCCUACUUCGACUCCGGGCUGGGAGGCCCCACCAGGACCUGCCUGUCAUCCUUGUUGGAAACAAGAGUGACCUGGCCCGUUCCCGAGAGGUUUCAUUGGAGGAGGGCCGCCACCUGGCAGGAACAUUGAGUUGCAAGCACAUCGAGACAUCGGCUGCGCUGCAUCACAACACGCGGGAGCUCUUCGAGGGAGCUGUACGCCAGAUCCGGCUGCGGAGGGGCCGGAGCCACGCGGGGAGCCGGCGGCCUGAAUGGGGCAGCCCCGAGGGCCCCGCGCCACCCGGGCGCCGCGAGAGCCUCACCAAGAAGGCCAAGCGCUUCCUUGCCAACCUGGUGCCCCGCAACGCCAAGUUCUUCAAGCAGCGCUCUAGGUCGUGUCACGACCUCUCCGUGCUUUGAGCCGCGGUCGCCAUGGUCACCGCGGUCGCCAUGGCCACCACUUUCUCCGCUCGCCCCCUCGCCCCGCCCCUGUCCGACUUCCUUUGUGAAGACGGUCUAAGAAACCAAAAACUCCCAGGACGCCCUGGUGUGACCACAGUGGGUGGGGUGGGGGUGGAGAGAGGGCGGUCUCUAGAUACCGCCCGCCGCUGGGC